UUUGUGCUUGUGUCAUGUGUGAUAUUAAACGAUGCCUCCAGAGGGGGUACGGCGGACUAAACUGUACCUCUUUCAGUUUGACAGCAUCACUGAAAUCAGCUAGGUGCCCAGUUGAUUUGUUUUAGUUUAAAUGGUUUUUCGUCUCUAAAACUAAUAUAAUACGCAGUUGUACUGUAACACCAGGCCUAGUUUGUCGUUUGCUAACGUUAGCUUGCUAGCGAGCGCGUUACCGACGCAGCUUUAAUUCUACAGCACCCUGGCUACGCACUAAACCGUCUCUUAGUUAACCCGUGCAUUUCAUCCCGUUAACAAGCAGGACCUCAGGUCUGUGUAUCCAGAGAGCCACUACUGCUACAUUCAAACAGAUAACCUGAACAAAUACCAGUAACAGGAGGAUGGCAGUGAAUGUUUAUUCCACCUCGAUGACCAUAGAGAACAUGAGUCGGCAUGACAUGCUGGCCUGGGUGAACGACUCUCUACAGCUCACCUACACCAAGAUAGAACAGCUCUGCUCAGGUGCUGCGUACUGCCAGUUCAUGGACAUGCUGUUUCCUGGAUGCAUACUACUGAAGAAGGUGAAAUUUCAGGCCCGUCUGGAACACGAAUUCAUCCACAACUUCAAAGUUCUGCAGGCUUCAUUUAAGAGAAUGACUAUUGACAAGAUCAUUCCAGUGGAGAGGCUGGUGAAAGGGAAGUUUCAGGAUAACUUUGAGUUUAUUCAGUGGUUUAAAAAGUUUUUCGAUGCCAACUAUGAUGGAAAAGAGUAUGACCCUCAACAAACAAGACAAGGCCAGGAGGGAACCCCGUCACCCAACCCAGGUCCCCAGAGGACAUCUCCCACUGCAAACAAGCCUGUCCCCACGGUCCCACGGCACGUCAACAACGUCCCCACGGUCCCUCGGCAGAUAAACAACGUCCCCAUCAAGAGGGCAGCGCCCAUCCGCAAUGGAGGAGACGCAGAGAUCACAGAACUCAACCAACAGCUGCUGGACCUGAAGCUGACUGUGGACGGUCUGGAGAAAGAGAGAGAUUUCUACUUCAGCAAACUCCGGGACAUCGAGCUGAUCUGUCAGGAGCAUGAGAAUGAAAACAGCACUACACUCAGCAAGAUCAUGGAUAUACUCUACGCUACAGAGGUAUUGACAAACAAAGAGGACGGCUUCGCUCCGCCAGAGGAUGAGGAGGUUGUGGACUCACCAAAGGGGGAUCCGGAGGAGUACUGAGCAGCCUGGUGUCUGCAGAUCUCCCUCUACCACUCCAUCUCUCUCUGACUCACCCAUUCACUGUUCUCACCCCCCCCCCCUCUUUUUAUGUACCCCCCUUCCCCUUUCCCUUAUGCCGUAGUCCUUAUGCACUACAUUCUGACAAUGUUGUACAGUGCGGUGUGCUAGUGUGGGAUGCUAACCCUAGACCUGUCUGGACCAUGUCAGCCCUUUGUGGCUACACUGCAUUCUAAUGUGAGAGGGGGUGGCUAUCUGUGUCACGGUGCUAGCCAGUCGAGGCGGACUAAGGGGCAUGUUAGUUUGCAUGAGUGGGGUUCGUCCUGUCAGGUCAAUGUAACUGAGUACAGGACUUCACUCCACUUGGAGCCCAAAGCCAAGAGCGCCACCUAUCUGCAAAGACAUGUCACUCCUCCUCCAGUCGCACUGAUACCUGCUUACACGUGUUCACACGUGCACACAUGCACACCUCCGCUACGUACAUUCUGAGAACAUGUCCUGCAUACAUGAAUAUACAUAUCAUACACUACAUUCAUGCACACUCAGAGGCAAUCCAUGCUCUGCUGAGAGUGCAUCAGUGAGUGGGUUCACUCCAUUCUGACACAGCAACACCACGUUUGCACUCAUCAAGUCGUUUGCUGGAGUACGUUUGUUUUUAAGGCUGUCAACAGCCUGUUUACUAGACAGCAUGAUGUUUUGGCUCUUUAUGGUUUCAGUUUUUGCAGAAUUUGGGGAUUUGGGGUCGGGGUGGGUUCCUUGCACUAACUGUAGCAAAACAAACCGAUGAGAAGAUUCAGCAUGCCAACAUGCAGUACCUGGCCAAACGACAAGAGACGCAGUUCUAUUUUUUUAAAUAAUUCUUAUUCUGCAGAGUCGCAUUUGCGUUGAAUGGCUAAACUGGGUGUUAAGAGGAGUCAAUGUGAAACUUAUUUAUUCAUAAGUGAAGGCCAACACAAUGUCAGGCUGUUAAAUUACAACAAGGAACAAAUGCAAACUCAAAUCUACACAGAGGCUAUAACGCUAAUAAUUGAAAAUGUAUUUAUUGAGUCGAGAAGUUUCUAGCUGCUAUUUUUAUUUUGAGUUGCCGUAUUUAAUUUAAUUGAGUUUUGAUAUGUUGCACAGCGUUAAAACGCCCCAGUGGUUGCCUAGUAACAGGAGAUGUGGUUCGUUAUGAUUGAAAGCCCUGAUUAGUGAGAUUUCGGUGAUUUAACAGAAAUUGGGUCAACAGGAGGAGAGCCCUUUGUGGUCACUCACUCCUUUCUCACCCCUCGUGUUGCCAUGGCAGCCAUGUGAUAAACAUGCAUCACAUGGAGUUUUAUUACUGAAACAAAAUAAAAAUGUGGGGUUCAAACCCAAUCAGA